AUCACCUCAUCUCCUCACACUUUUGAUUCCACAUUUUCCAUCGGUCUGCAGAUCACCUAAAAAACGGCGACAUCCUUCACCCCAAAAAUUAAUAAACCAUUUAUUUUUUGAAAUCAUGGGUUCCAGCAGUUCUAAAGAGGAUAACGAUUAAGCCGAUACCGUUGCUAUUAAUGGUUGCAUACAACCCACGGACUGGGGAACGGUGGAAGAGCACUUAACAUCCGGCAAUUUAAAACCGUUCGACCUCCUCCAAUGUAACGCCGGUUCUUUUUUUGGCACGCAUUAUCUCAUGUAUCUCGGUGAAGGGAAAGUGUCAAAUGUGGUCUUCUCCAAAACGAAGAUGACCGGCGUCUUGAGACUUGAAUUGUUACAUAAAGCGGUUUCAGAUGGGAGGAAAAUUCGUGUCAACAACCUCAACGGACCGGCGAAGGAAAGAGGUUUAACCGUUCUGGCGGGUGGAGAAAUUUGGAAAUUGAUUCAGCAAGACUUGGCAGAUCUUGCUACUACAAAUUCGGAUGGGAGUAUGACCGCUUUUGUACCAUACCACUUGACGCUCGCUAAUUGCGAGCAUUACGUGACCAAGUGGAGGUAUGGGGAAGGGUUUAGCUUACAGACGAAUGCAUUGGAGACAAAGCGCAUUGGAGAGAUUGUGCACAAGGUUGGCCUUGCCAUUUACACUUCCAGCUAGCAUUAUCAGGACGUUAACAUGGGUUAACAUUCACAAAAAAUCAUUAUUACCACAUAGUUUUCCUCAAAUCAAUUUUAGAAGUUUAUUUACUUGAGCUUGUUUCUUGAUUACAUAUAAUUUUAUUGAAAUUAAAAACCUGUAGUAUUUCAAUAAAAACAAACGAAUUCUAUCGAAAA